AUGUCGGGAAUAUUGCAUCUCCUGGAGACGAAACACGGUCACGUGAAAACAAUGGCAUGGCUAAUUGAGAAGAUCUUGGACUUGCUCCCAGAGGAAGACGAGGAGCAAGAUGGUGCCAAUGUUGACUUGAAUUCGCAAAGGAAUGUGUUGUCUAUCGUUGUAAAAAUAUCCACUUGUCAGACAAUCUUUCUGCCUGUACCUGGACUUGUUGAUCCAACUGAAUUAAAACCUAGCGAUCUGGAGGUUGACGAAAAACCAACAGAAGACUACAAUGAUAUUGGGGGCCUUGAACUACAGAUUCAAGGACUUAAAGAGGCAAUUUUUUUGCCAAUUACUCACGCAGACAGGUUUAAGAAAAUAGGAAUCAGACCACCCAAAGUAGUUCUAUUAUACAGACCUCCUAGAACAGGCAUGACACUGAUGGCACGUGCAUGUGCAGCAGAAACCAAUGCAACUUUCUUGAAGCUAGCAGUUUAUUUCAUUGUCACCUAUUUUAUGGAAGAUAUUGCUGAUGUAUACAGGCCAUUGCGGAAACUAAUCAUACCGAUGUUUUGGACCCUGCUCUCGUGCGAUCAGUCUGUUUGGAUUGUAAAAUUGAGUUCCCUCAUGCUACUGAAGAAGCGAGAGCCAGAUUCGUUAGUUGAUAUUUGA